AACACGUAGAGAUAUAAAGAGUGCGCGACAUGGCCUUUUGCGAUACCUAAUAAAACUGUGAAGAAAUGAAAGAAUUUGAAAUAUGUCUCAUAGCCGUUGGCUCUGUGAUUGCAGUCGUAAUUGGUAUUUCUUGGGUGCUUUCUUGCUGUAGUACAGGUAACAAGAAAGAUGGUGAAAGAGGCGAAGGUGGUGGACAGAAAGAUGGUGGGAUGGUCAUUCUGGCAGGAGCUGGUGCCGCUUUGGCUACUGCAGCUGUUGCAACUUCCGUAGCUAGUAACGUGAUCGGCGGAGAUAGUGGCGGUUGUGGCGGGGGCUGUGGCGGCGGUUGUGGCGGUGGGGGCUGUGGCGGUGGAGGCUGUGGCGGAGGAGGGUGAGGGUGCUUGUGAUUGGAUCAUGUUAUACUAUCUCUUUUUAGGGGUUGCUUGUUGUACUAUUUCUUCCCAAUUAUAAAUAAACUUAAAAUGAGAAAACAUUUAAAAGAAAUUAGCGACACAUAAGAAAAAUAUGUAAAUACAAAAGUUUCCAAAAAUGAUUGUACCGAAAUAUAAGAUUUGUUUGCAAUCGAAACGUCUGUAUCGAAUUAUAUUAUGAUGAAUUAAUGUACCUAAAUAUUUGUACUGAAUUGUCUGUACCAAACUAUAUUAUAAUGAAUUUGUGUACCUAAAUUUAAAUGCCA